CCAAGAAGGGAGUGACUCUUUUUAGUGUGUGUUGUGUGUGAGGCUACCAUUACUGAACAAGCUGCUGCUGCUUCACACACAGAUAUAUCAUAUUAUUUUAUUGGUGUAAAAGUAUUAGAAAUCAAAGCUGAGUUCUCUCGCUCCAGCAGCAAAUAUGUUUGCUUAACUUGUCCGGCUUCCAGUUUGUCGUCUUGUUAGUUUUAUGUGCUUUUUGUUUGUUUUUCUGUAACAGUUUUAUUCUCUGUAGAGGUUUUUUAACAGUACAGUUCUGAGUCUACUGUCAGGUUAAAGCAGUUAAAAGGUUUAGCCAUGAAGGAGGAGAUUGCUGCUGCUGUUUUCUUUGUGGCUCGGCUGGUGAAGAGAUAUGGUUGUGUGGAUAAUGAAGGCAGGGAGGGCUUCGCUGCUGCCCUCACCUCGGCUCUGUUUGAAAACUACAAGAACCACUGGCACCCCAACGCACCUACCAAGGGACAGGCCUACAGGUGUAUCCGUAUGAAUGUGCGGCUGCAGGACCCGGUGCUGCAGCAGGCCUGUGAACGCAGCGCCGUACGGUACCAGGAUCUGGGCCUUCCUCAGGAGAUGACUGUGUGGGUCGACCCUGGAGACGUGUCCUGCAGGUACGGUGAACAAAGCACCCCGUUCUGCGUCUCGGUGGUGGACAGCCGGCGGCGAGCGGACAAGGAAUUUUCCCGCCGAAUCCACAACGCCGUUGAGCGAGCGAGCCUCGACGUCCAGUCGGGAAACUCUUCGGACGAGGAGGAUUGCAGCAAAGACAACAGCAUGAGCAGCAUGAGCAGCAUGAGCAGCAGCAACCUGUCGUCCAUCGGCUCCACGUCAAUCCCUGCCAUCAACCCAGAGCCCAAAACCAUCCCGACCGUCAGCAACCCCAACAGCGUCUACCGGUUCAGCGAAUUUACUCCAGGAGCCCCUCAGACCUGGCUGAGGGAGAAGAGGAAGGGCUUCGCUGGGGAUGCAUUCCCUCCUCUUCCUCUCCCAGUCGUAGGUCCAGCCUCCCAGUUCUCAAACCAGAAAGGCUUCAAGAACAAUCGAGCCACAUUCACCUUCGCCGGGCCUCGUGUGGACAAGUACCACUGGGUCAGCAAAUCCCGAUAAUGUGAGCCGAGCCUUCGAUCUAGAACCAGAGUCGGGUUACUGCUCUCCAGACGUAAUGCAGGGGGGGGGGGAAUGCAGAGGGGGGGGAAAAAAACUUUCAGGACAGUUUAUGCAUCUUUAUAAAGUGUAUUAUCAAUGUGUUAAUGAUUUAAAUUAAUAACGUUUAAGUGUUUUUAAUCCUUUGAAAAUAUUGAAGUAUUUUAAAUGAUCCUCCCUGCUAAAUGUGUUUUUUAAACUGAAAUUAAAGUAACAUUGAACUGUCAAUUGAAAAGAAAUAAAUGAGUCUUUGUCAGCUCUGGUUGAUCUAAUAAACCCGUUUCCUCUUA